AUGUCUCCAACGUCGGAUUGUGUCAUUUCCUGUGGAGAUUACUGUUGUGAUGUUGGACAGACGUGUUGUGUGAAUGGAUGUUGUCACUCAGCUGCCGGUGUUUGUCGAGCCGAACCCUCAACAUCUUCACUCACCGCUAUUGCUGUUUGCGGGGCUAUUGCACUGUUGAUUGUGUUUAUUUGUAUGGCGGUGGCCACUCGUCGACGGGCGGCGAAGUUGCGUUUGGAAAAGGAAGCGGAUGCUGAUGUGGAGACGGCAAUGAAUACAACAGCCAUGGGUGCUGUGGAGAUGAAUACAGCAGAGGAGAGGGGCAGACUGUAG